UUGAUUUGUUUUCUUAUCAUAAGUUGAUGUGUAAGUCUGAAUACUUAAUGGCUAGAAGAAUUCCGUAGUUGCAUAGAAAUAUUUACUUACCAUACAAAAUAUAAACAAUUAUUAAAGAUGAUUGCAAAGCUUUUUAUUGACAGUUGAUGAAUCUUCUGAAAUCGAACGAUUGCUAUCAAUUUUAUAAUUAGGACUGUUCAUGUUGUAUGUCUCAAGGAAUUAAUUUAAAGAACAUGAACCGCCACCAGAAACGCAAGAGUACUGAUUCUAAUAGUCAACAUAAUCUUCAAAAACAACACAAAUCUUCAUCUAAACCGUUUUCUUUUCUGGACUACAAACGAAUUUUAGACAGAGUGUUUUUCAGCGAUGAACUGGUUGAAAAUGUUGACGAUGUUUGGUUGUUCGUUAAGAAGUUUGAAAUGUUUGCUACAAAGAAGGGUUCUAAUGAAAAUACCGAGUCUGAACCUUUAAACACUAAUCCUCUUGGUCUGCCAAUUGCUUUCGAUAAAAUGCAUAUGAUCAAUUUAAAACUGGGCGUUUCCGAUGAUGAGUUAGUUUCUAGAUUGCCGACAUACGACCAAGAAGCAACGUAUGAAAAAAGACCAUUGACCAAAGACGACAUAGUCAAGUUUCGGCAACUAGUCGUUAUGUAUAUGGACUUCAAACAAAAAGAAAAAUUCAAUAAAUUGAGGAAGCUUAGAGAUGCCCAAAAUAGUUUGCCAGUUUAUCAAUUCAAAAAUGAAAUUGUUGAAGCAGUUAAAGAACACCGUGUCGUUAUUAUUGCUGGAGAUACAGGAUGUGGGAAAUCCACACAAAUACCACAAUAUUUGUCAAACGCUGGCUUUAAGCGUAUUGCUUGUACACAGCCACGUCGUAUAGCUUGUAUAUCUCUAUCGAAAAGAGUAGCCUAUGAAUCCAUGUCUACUUACACAACAGAAGUCGGCUACCAGAUACGAUUCGAGAAGACUGUGAAUAAAGACACUAAAAUAUUAUUUUUAACCGAAGGACUACUUCUUAGACAAGUAUGUGGAGAAGAUUUAUUGUCACAGUACGACGUUAUAGUAUUGGACGAAAUACACGAACGACAUUUACACGGUGAUUUCUUGUUGGGAGUGAUGAAGUGUUUGUUGCAUCAACGGUCUGAUGUUAAGCUCGUGCUUAUGUCGGCUACCAUUAAUGUGGAUUUGUUCAAUAAAUAUUUUUCCCCUCUGGCUAAACUUAUACAGGUGCCCGGACGAUUAUAUCCAAUAAAAUUGGAGUAUCAUCCAGUCAUAAGCGAAAUGAAGGUACUCGGCAAAAAAUCCGAACGCUUCGACCCGUCACCUUUCGUAAAAAUAAUGCAAAUGAUUGACAAGAAAUACCCAAAACACGAGCGAGGUGACGUGCUAAUGUUUUUAAGUGGUAUGGCUGAAAUUACUGCUGUUGCAGAUGCUGCACGGGUGUAUUGCGAAAAGGCAGAUUCGUGGAUUAUUUUACCUUUACACAGUUCAAUGUCCUUAGCCGAACAAGAUAAGGUUUUUGAUUAUGCACCGGAAGGCGCGCGUAAGUGCAUCAUAUCGACAAACAUAGCUGAGACUUCCAUCACCAUUGACGGUAUUAGGUUUGUCGUCGACUCCGGAAAGGUCAAAGAAAUGAGUUAUGAUUCCACUAGUAAGGUGCAAAGGCUAAAAGAGUUUUGGGUGAGCAAAGCCAGCGCUGAUCAACGCAAAGGAAGAGCGGGCCGUACCGGUCCUGGCGUUUGUUACCGUUUGUACUCUGAAGACGAAUUCGAAGCUAUGGCCGAAUACAGUACACCCGAGCUACAAAAAGUACCGCUAGAUGCUCUGUUACUUCAGAUGGUCGCCAUGGGGUUGCCUAAUGCUCGGUUGUUCCCAUUCAUUGAACCACCACAACCGGAAAGAGUCGAAAACGCCAUCGAGUCCUUGAAACAAUAUGGAGCGUUAACAAAAGAAGAGAGGCUUACUCCUAUCGGCAACAUGUUGUCACGAUUGCCUGUGGACAUUCCGCUUGGAAAAAUGCUCAUAAUGGGAUCUCUUUUCGACCAGUUGGAGCCGGUUUUGUCUUUGGCGUGUGUACUGUCCGUCCAAACGCCGUUUACCAAUAAAGCGUACAAAGAUCCCGAAUGCGAGAGGGCCAGAAUGGACUUGGAAUCCGACCACGGUGACCCAAUUAUUUUGCUCAACGCGUUUAAACAGUGGUUGGAGCUAAAGAGCGACGGACAGAACACUAAUACGCGUCAAUGGUGCAAGAGGCGAGGAUUCGAAGAACAGCGGUUCUACGAGAUGACCAAGUUGCGGCGACAGUUUAAAGACCUUUUGGAUGAAUGCGGCUUGGUAAAAAACGAGGAAAAAAAUAUGGACGACAUGACCAGUGCGGAGAGAGCGCUUAGACAUGGCGAGCUUAAGUUGUUGAGAAACAUGAAGAAAACACACAAAGAAGAGGAGUCGAGGAAGCGAAAAGUACUAAAGAAAGACGUAUGGACAGUAGAAGAAAAUCUCGAUGCGGAAGACGACACUGUUGAUAUUAGAGACAUAGAUUUCAGGCUCAGGCAUAAUCAACGGCAAGUUAAGCAACUGUUGAAAGGAACUACGGCAAUUAGCUACAAAGAUUUGAUGAUGUUGAAAAUAAUUCUAAGCAGUGGACUAUAUCCUCACAUAGCCAUCGCCGACGAAUUUAAUUCUUGCAAGACCACCAAGGAGCAUCUUUUUCACACCGAAGGCAAACCUUUCGUGUCACUUCAUCCUAUGAGCUAUUUUGGAAAUCAUUCAGACGUAUUACAACUUACGGAAAACGAAAUACUUCACGUGCCGGACUUCAAAAGCAAAAAUACUGUCAGUUCCAAACACCAAAUUUUGAUUUACAUGUCAUUGCUGGAAACCACUAAAGCGUACAUUAUGAACUCGUUGAGAAUGCCAGCUGCACAGACCUUGUUGUUGUUUAGCAGAAAUAUUUGCACCAAUCGGAAUUUUUCUCAAAUCAUUUGCGAUUCAUGGCUACAAUUAGAGUUCCCGUUGCCAGAGGCCGCCGAAACAUUAAUUCUCAAAGCGUCUAUGCUUCGAAAUACUUGGGACAGACUGUUAAAACUCAAACUAGAAGAAAAAAGCAACAGGAAGGGUGAGAAACAGUUGGCCGAAGACAUGGUGCGGUUCAUGUACACCGACAUCGGUUACACCGUCAAGAGACUGUUGGCGGCCGACCAGAAAGUCAUGUACUUCGGACCUACUGGUGAAGACGUGCAGUUUUCCGGUACGAACCCUUUUAGCGACACCGACUGGCAGGUUUGCGAAGACGACAAGUACGGCGGUCUCAGGCUGUCCCCUUACUUGACUUACGACUGUUUAACAGGUCAAGGUCUGGUGGUCUAUGAGCCGUGGAUCUGUCCAUCGUGUGAUGAGACUAUAGAAAUCACGAGUGCUCUUGAAAGACUGCAGCAUCAACAAGUUUGCCACGCUCAAACUGCUUCGGAUUCUUCUAAAGGAACGUUUCCAAUAAGCGAAGCGAACGAAGAUGCAUUGAAAUUGAAACCUAAUGCUAAAAAGUACGAAUGUCCGCAUUGUUCACAAAUAUUGUACUUCACACCGACUGAAAUUUUAAAGCAUAAGAAAUCACAUUUGUAAAAUUUAAUAACUAUUUAAAAUUAUUUGGUUA